AUGUCAGACUCUGAAGGUACAAAAGGGAUGGAUACUGCCUCUGCUGAAUUUUCAGCCGGUGUGAAAACUCCCGAUCUCGAAGGGGGAUUGGACGAGCCAAAAGAUGCUUCCAUAGAACACUCUACAUGGAACUGGGAUGAUGAUCCCAGUAACCCGUAUAACUGGCCAGCAAAUCUGAAAUUGCGACAAAUUCUGAUGAUUGCGAGCGCAGCAUUCACAGCUUCCCUUGGAACAUCAAUAUUGACACCAGCACACGCGCAAUUUAUGGAGAGAUUUCAUGUCGGCAGUACGGUUGCAAUCUUACCAUUAUCGCUCUAUGUAUUUGCCCUGGCCUUAGGCCCAGUGGUCGGUGGGCCUCUAUCAGAAACCAUCGGCCGAUACCCUGUAUACAUCGGCACGAUUGUAUUUGGGGGCUUAUUCACUUUAGGUGCUGGAUUCAGCAAUAGUUUUGCAGGAAUAUGUGUAUUGCGAUUCCUCGCGGGAUUUUGCUUUGCGCCGAUAUUGGCAAUUGCGGCAGGAACUAUCAACGAAACAUGGAGACCUGCCGAGCGGGCAAUUCCUGCGAUAUGCUUUGUGUUGACACCAUUCUUGGGUCCUGGCAUAGCGCCUGUCAUUGGUAGCUUCGUUGUCGUCCGGAAAGACUGGCGGUGGACGCAAUGGGUCUUAUUAUUUUUCGACAUCUUUGCUUUGAUCACAGCACUCAUGGCCCAGGAGACCUAUCAUCCAAUUAUUAAACGCCAGCGCGCAAAGAAAUUAGGAUUGCCUUCACCUCCGUUGCAACCGUUGUCAUCGAGGAUUCACCUUUUCUUGACGAUGGCUGUCAUUCGGCCGAUCCAAAUGCUUUUUACAGAGCCCAUCGUGGCUUUUAUAUCCUUAUAUGUGGCGUGCGAAUUCGCCACUCUUUUCUCAUUCUUCGCUGCAAUCCCUCUGGUGUUCGAAACUAUUUACAAAUAUGACCUUGAAAAAUCGGGCUUAAUAUUUCUGGCCAUAGUUGUCGGGUGUUUCCUCGGUGCUUUGACAGUCUUGCUAUGCGACAUAUUCUUUUACCGUCCAAAGUCAGCAAAGUACCCACCACAUGAAGCACCUCCGGAGUUACGUCUAUACCCAGCUAUGAUAGGCAGCUUCGGAUUGCCCAUUGGACUGUUCUGGUUCGGCUGGACCUCCAAAGCUGACAUUUCGUGGGCCAGUCCGACUGUAGCUGUUAUGAUUUUUGCAUGCGGCAACUUGUGUGUCUUUAUUAGUACAUCACAGUAUAUGGUUGACACUUACCGUGGUAUCACGGUAGCCAGUGCUAUGAGUGCAAACAGUCUGGCUAGGUAUGGGCUUGCGGGAGCAUUUCCACUGUUCGCAAUUCAAAUGUAUACGAAACUUCACGUUUCAUGGGCGUCAAGCUUGGUUGGGUUUAUCGCCAUCGCGCUUCUGCCUGUACCUUGGGUGCUAUUUAUGACCGGAAAGAAGUUGAGAGCUAUGAGCAAAUUUGAGGGGCUUGAGGAAUCCGAGUAG